AUGUCGUAUGCUCAUCUUUUUGAAAAUUUUGAAAAUAUUCUUGAACCAAAAGAAUGUGAAUUAAAAGGUGAGUUGAGUUAACUUUUCUUGGUUUGAAAUUCGAAUUUCGAAAUUUUAAGGUUCGGUUCCGGAAUAUUUGAAAGGAACAAUGGUUAGAAAUGGACCUGGGAUGUUUGAAAUUGGUGAUUCAAAAUAUAAUCAUUGGUUUGAUGGAUUAGCUUAUAUGCAGAGUUAUAACUUCGAAAAUGGCAAGGUAUGUCAAUGUUUCCAGAAAACAAACAUAACAUUUCAUUUUUCAGAUGUUUUACUCGGCAAGAUUUCUCGAGUCAGAAACAUAUAAAACAAAUAUGUCAAAAAAUAGAAUUGUUAUGGGAAGUUUUGGAACAGCUGAAUUUCCUGAUCCAUGCAAAACUAUUUUUCAAAGGUAAAUGAAUUACACAAACUACAAUAAAUUUAAUCCGAUAUUCCAGAUUUUUCUCAUAUUUCUUCCCAAAUAAAGAAACUGAAAAACAUGAUAAUGCAAAUGUUUUCUUUGCUCCAAUCGGAGAUCAAUUGUUUGCUUGUACAGAAACACCACAUAUGUUGAGAGUUGAUCCAGAAACAUUGGAAACCAAGGAAAAAUUUGAUUUUUCAAAAUUAGUUGCUCUUCAUACUUGCACCGCACAUCAUUGUUUUGAUGAAGAAGGAAAUAUUUAUAAUGUUGGAGCGAGAUUUGGUCCAGAUUCUUCACAUGUUUUCACAGUUACUAAAAAUCCACAACCAAAUUCUGAACAACCUUGGGAAAAUACUACAAAAAUUGGGGAAGUUCGAUGUUCCGAUGUUUUCAAUCCAACAUAUAUGCAUUCAUUUGGAAUGUCGAAAAAUCAUAUGAUUAUGUUUGAAUCACCAGUUCGAUUUAAUCUCAAAAAAUUCUUGAUGAAAAAAAUACUCUCGAUAAGUUAUAGAGAUUGUAUUUAUUGGGAUGCAACUAAAAAUGUCAAUGUGUUUAUUUUGAGCAAAACAACUGGACAAAAACUUGAGUUGAAAAUCACUGUCGAUCCAUUUUUCACGUUUCAUCAUGCAAAUACUUUUGAAAAAGAUGGAUUUCUUGUUGUUGAUUACUGUAGAAUUGAAGAAUCUGGUAACUUUGAAGCGCUUCUUAUUGAAAAUAUGAAAACUGGAGCUUUCAAAAACGUAAGUAAUUCUUCAAGAAUUCUGAAAUUCAUAAGUACAACGUUUUCAGAAUCCGAGAUUCCUUCCAUUCUUUUCUCGUUUGGUUAUUCCAUUAGAAAUUCCGAAAAGCGCAGAAAUUGGAAGUAAUAUUUUGAAGGAUUUGGCUUGGGCUAAUGGAUGUUCAGCUAUUUUGAAAGAAGAUGGAAGUAUUCAUUUGAAAGAAAAAAGACUUUGUGAAACAUGUGAGUUGAGAAAAAUUUACCUCUCAAUUUUAUAGUCAGAAAUUACGCGCAUCUUAUUUUCUGAAAUAGUUAUCAUUACUUAAAUUCCUUCUGAUUAUUUUUAGCAAUGGAAUUCCCAAGAUAUUCGGAAAAAGUCAACUCAAAAGAAUAUAAAUAUUGUUACGGUUCAAGUGUUUUGGGAGAAAGACAAUCUGAAGAUCUUGUUGGAGUUAUCAAAGUAAAUGUUGAAACAUGUGAAAGUCUCAUUUGGAGAAGAGAAAAUCAGAAUCAAUUGUGUGGAGAACCAAUAUUUGUUGCUGAUCCAAAUGGAAAAUUGGAAGAUGAUGGUUAGUUUGUUUUUUCAAACAAACUUGAUCAAAUUUCUUAAAAAAUAUAUUUGUUUAAUAUUUCAGGUUGUCUCAUUGUUCCAGUUAUGACAAUUGAUCCAUCAGAACAUCCAUAUGUUGUUAUUUUGAAUGCUAAAAAUCUUGAAGAACUUGGUCGAUUUGUUAUUCCUGAACAACGAAUUCCUCUAGGUUUCCAUGCUUUAUACAUGUCAAGAGGUGGCUUGUAA